AGGCGCCCAGGCGAGUCGUGCCUCCUCCCGCAGCCUGGGCAGAAGCGAAAAGGAAAGCGAAAGGGGCAGGGGAGCUGGGGUAGCGCAGAGGAGCCCGCGCCAUGGAGCCCGCCGGCCUGCUCCUGGCUGUGGCUUUGGGCCUGGUGACUGCCGCCUCGGCAGGACCCACGGCGAUCCAGUGCUGGUUCGUGGAGGACGCAGGCCGGGGUAGCUUGGCCCAGAAACCCGCUGCUCUGCUGCUGCGUCCCGGACCCCAGGGCCCUCAGCCCAGGCCGGACCUCGACCCUAAACUCUACCUCCUAGUGGAAGACCCCACAGGCACCCUGCAGGCUGUCUUCAGUCGGUACCCCAGGAGCAAUCCAGCUCCACACUGCGAGAUAAGCCACUUCGCCCCAUUCCCAGCCUCUGUGAGUUGGGCCAGAGGCCUGACACCUAAGCAGAGCUGUCCCCGGGCUCUGGAUGGAGCUUGGCUGAUUGUCAGCCUGUCGAGCUCUGUCUUUAAACUCUCCAUCCUCCUGCAACCACAGCUGGAACCUCAGCAGGAGCCUGUACCCAUCACCAAGGCCACAGUGGUGCUGACUGUCCUCACUAAAACUCCUGUCCUUCAAGUCCAGGUGGGGAAAGAUGUCAUAAUGGACUUGAGCUUCUCUUACAUGCCCCCCACCCUCGAGGCUGCUGCAUGUCUGCCCCCUGGUCCCCCUCCCUUUGGCCUGGAGUGGCGACGCCAACACAGGGGUAAAGGGCAUCUGCUCCUGGCUGCAACUCCUGGACUGGGUGGAGAGAUGCCAGAGGCCCAAGAGGGAGCAGUGGCAUUUGCUGCGUGGGAUGAUGAUGAGCCUUGGGGCCCGUGGACUGGGAAUGGCACCUUCUGGCUGCCGGCGGUGCAACCCUUUCAGGAAGGCACUUACCUAGCCACAGUUCACCUGCCCUACCUACAAGGACAGGUCACCCUGGAGCUCUCUAUGCACAAGCCCCCCAAAGUGUCCCUGAUGCCAGCACCCCUUGUAUGGGCUGCCCCAGGGGAGGCACCCCCAGAGCUGACCUGCCAGGUGUCCCACUUCUACCCCUUUGAAGGCCUGGAGGUGGAGUGGGAGCUCCGGGGUGGCCCAGAGGGUGGCUCUCAGAAAGCUGAAGGGAAGAGGUGGCUUCAAUCUCCCCGCCACCAUUCCAAUGGCACUAUCAGUCUCUUGGCGCACCUGCAGCCACUUCCAGUCACCACCGAGCAGCACGGAGCACGCUAUGCCUGUCGAGUGCGCCAUCCCAGCCUGAAAGCCUCAGGGCACAGUGCAGAGGUCACCCUGCAGGUGGUAGGCCUGACUGGACCCUCCGUUGAAGAUGGUGUAGGCCUCUUCCUGUCAGCCUUUCUCUUGCUGGGAUUAAUCAAGGCUGUGGGCUGGGUUGCUGCCUACCAGACCAUGAGCAAGGAUACAGAGAAGAAAACACGGUGAAGACACUCACCAUCAUCCUACAGAAGCCACCAUGAUCUCUGGCCCAACUUUACUACAGUAUUUCUCCCAAACAGUGUGCCAUUAUCUACAAACUUCA